AGAACCACCACAGAGCAGCUCAUCCACCGGCGGAGAACGCGGAGGAAUUAUAACCGGAUGGGAUCGUACUGGCGCGGGGACUAAACUCGGAGCGAACGGAGCGGGCUGCUGCGGAGCACGGUGCGCCCCGGGAACAUGCCCCUCGGAGCGGGCUUUUGUGCGCGCUCUGGACGGUGCCUCGGAGUGUGAUGAUGGCAGGAGUCCAGUGAAUCGCUGGCCUCUCUGCGCUCGGCUCUUGGAUAUCUUCUUGGGGAGUGCGCUGCCGCUGCUUUCGGGCUCUACACUGGCUUUUUUUUUUCUUACGGCUUAUUUACCCUGAUUUCAUUGCGCACUGCCUCGUUGUCUUUCUGGAGUUGUCGCGGCCAUGGAUCGAGAGGGAUCGGGGUUAGGAGUGGCUAGUUAAGUCGGAACAUAAUGUGGUUCAAUGGGCCGGGGACGAGCAGACCGUGAGCCUUCUCUAAGCCUGGCGUCCCUUCUGGACCUCCCCGAGGCGAUCCUGGCCCGUUGGCACUAAAAUGUCCCUCAGUGGUGGCACUGCAGGCGGGAAAGGUGUGGACUCGAAUGCGGUGGACACUUACGACAGCGGGGAUGAGUGGGACAUCGGCGUGGGCAAUCUGAUCAUCGACCUGGACGCCGAUUUGGAAAAAGACAAACUGGAAAUGUCCGGCACCAAGGACGGAUUGACGGCACCCACCAACGCUGUGGCCUCUCUGCCUGAAAACAUCCGCUUUGUAAGCCCAGUGUCUGGAGCUCAGGGCAAGGAGAGCAAAGCCAAGUACAAGCGCACUAAGAACUCGAAAGACAAUAACAGUAAAGCAUCCUCUGUAGAUAUGGGGAAGAAAGACACUACAGGGCGGACUCAAAUGGAGCCCACCGCCCCAGCUGUGAACACAACAGCCACGGGCAACAACUCCACAGCUAAAGGCGUGGAGAAGGGGGGCAAGGCCUCCAGGGGGGUGGUGGGGGGUAAAAAGGAGAAGGAGGCCGCGGGGAAAGGUAAGAAGGACAAAAGCGAUGGAACUCUGACUGAGAAGGAGCUCCAGUCUCAGGCCCAAGUGGUGCUGGGGAACAGUCGCGCCGCGGCCUUUGAGAACUCCCAGUCUACGGAGCUGGCGGACGCUAAUCAAAUGGGGAAUAUUGCACUUGAAAGCGUUGGGAUAGUACCAGCACUGAAAACCGAGCCGGACGAGGUGGAGAACGGGGAGUGCAAGGCUCUCAAGAAGGUCAAAAGUGAAAAGAUGGACUCCCCGAUCUCCACGCCGGCUCCUCCGCCUCUCCACCUCCUGUCCUCCUCCACGGUGGGGGGCGGGGCUUCGGAGAUCUCGUCGCCGUGCGAGCAGAUCAUGGUGCGGUCCCGCUCGGUGGCGGUCAACACGUCGGACGUGGCCCUCUCCACGGAGCCCGAGUGCCUGGGCCCCUGUGAGCCCGGCACCAGCGUCAACCUGGAGGGCAUCGUGUGGCAGGAGACGGAGGACGGCAUGCUGGUCGUGAACGUAACCUGGAGGAACAAGACGUACGUGGGCACUCUGCUGGACUGCACGCGGCACGACUGGGCGCCCCCGAGGUUCUGCGAGUCCCCCACCAGCGACCUGGAGAUGAGAAACGGGCGCGGCCGGGGCAAACGCAUGAGGCCCAACAGCAACACGCCCAUCAACGACAACAGCAAUUCGUCGGACAACAAGGGCACUACCAACAACAAGACCCGCGGUGCGUCCAACAGCAAGGGUCGCCGCGGCAGCCAGACCCCUUCGGAGCGCCGCACCCCUCCCAACAGCAACACCGAGGACGUCAAAGCCAGCCCCUCCUCCGCAGGCAAACGCAAAACCAAACCUGCUUCGGACAUGGAGCCCAAUUCGAGUUCAGAGGACUCUAAAGGCAACAAGCGGAUGCGUACGAAUUCGAAUAGCGGAGUAGUAGGCGGGCUCCACUUGCCGACUAUAAAAGCGGAGCCUCUUCCUCCUCCCAUCGACCGGACUUGCCCAUCGCCAGUUCUCAUCGACUGUCCCCAUCCCAACUGCAAUAAAAAGUACAAACACAUCAACGGACUCAAGUAUCACCAAGCUCGAGCUCACAACGAUGAUGAUGUUAAGUUGGAGAUUGACGGGGAUAGCGAAUACGGGGAAGAUUCCACUCUCCACCCCGAACCGGGAAACUGCAACGGAGCGUCGAUAUCGCAGAAAGGUUGCAUGUCACCGGCGAGAUCGAUAACGCCAAAAGGUAGAGGGUUCGACGCCCAAAGUCCCUCGCCUUCGCCGGGCAAGUUUGGGUCCAAGCCAGGUAAAAAGAAAGCCAUGGAAGUCGAGGUGGAGCCCAUGGACGGUUGCGAAGACGGAGCGUGCCUAACUGACGAAGCGAGCAAUGAUGGGCUGGAUGACAAAAGAGGAGGGAAGAAAGGUGGGGGGAAAGCUGACAAGUUGGCGCAGAAAAACAUGAAGUCUCCGCGGACCGUCGCUCCAGGAUCGGUGGCGUCCCAGCAAAUGUACGCCUUUCCUCCUGGCAAUCCGAACUCCACUUCCGCGGUUGCGCCGAUCAUGCAAGGUAUUCCCAAAAGCCCCCAAAUGAAAGGCGCGCAACCUAAACCGCCAGCCAUAGCUGACCCCGCUUCAAAUAACUCCAAAGACAAGAAAAAGAAAGAAAAGAAGAAAAAGGAAGGGUUGAAGGAUGCGGAAAGCCCUAAACCGGCGGGGAAGGGUGUAAAAACUGAGGAUGGGAAGGUCCCUUAUCCAGAUCCCUGCGAACAAGGGAAUAAAGGAGAUGGACUUCUUAAUGGAUCUUCGGACCCCCACCAGAGUCGGCUAGCUAGCAUAAAAGCAGAAGCCGACAAGAUUUAUAGCUUCUCCGAUAACGCGCCAAGCCCGUCGAUCGGCGUGGCGAGCAGGAUAGAUGGGACGGGCAUGCCGCAGCCCCUAACGCCCCUUCACAUUGUCAGUCAGAACGGAGCCGACAACGCAUCAGUGAAAACCAACAGCCCUGCCUACUCGGAUAUCUCGGACGCGGGGGAAGACGCAGAGGGCAAGUUAGAAGGGGUCAAAGCUAAGGCGGAAGACCAAGGCAUUCGAGAAAGCGUCAAGAAGGCGUUGUUCCCAAACCAACCAUCCAGCAAAGACUCCCCGUACUAUGCCGGAUACGAGGCUUAUUACUCACCCAACUACGUCAACCCGAGUCCCGGUGGGCCCAAUCAGGGAACGCCAGGAGGGGAAGGGCCGGUGAAGUUGAAAAGGGAGGAUGACCAAGAGCAAGGCGAGGAUAAAGUCAAGGUGGAGAUUCACGAAGAUCGCAAACCGGACGUCAACACUCCCGGUCAGCAGCCCCAGCAGCCGUCGGUCAUCCAGCAGAGAACCAACAUGUACAUGCAGCCGCUGUAUUAUAACCAGUACGCCUAUGUUCCCCCCUACGCCUACCACCCCGACCAGGCCUACCACAACCACCUGAUGAGCACCAACCCGGCCUACCGACAGCAGUACGAGGAGAGGCAGAGGCAGAUGGUGGAGCAACACCGCGCAGCCGAGAAGAAGGAUGUAAAAGAGAGGGAGGCCAUGAAAGAGGACUGGAAGCAAAAGAGUCCUCUGCCCCCCAGUCUCUCCAAAGCCCCCAGCCAGUCCGACUUGGGGAAGACGCAGCCCCAGAGCAAAUCCAGAGACUCUCCUUCAGAACCCAAGUCCAUGGGCGGGCUAAAGGGGGACGAGCCCAAGAUGCCACAGGCAGAGGGGUUGAAGAUGAAGCUGACGGACGGGGCUCACCACGGCAAGGAGGACCCCAAACAGGCUCUGGAGGCCCGGGGACAGGCGGGGAUGGAGCAGGCCAUGUGGUACAGACAGCAGUAUCCUGAGAGCCAGAAGCCGUCAGUGGAGGAGGAGCACCAGCAUCCGCCCCGGUGGAAGGACGAGCGUGACCGGGACAGGGAGCGAAAGCUAAAGGAGGAGAGGAGCAGGCCCAAGGACUCUCAGAGCGCAGCUAAAGAGACAGAGGCUAAAGACAGUGAGCGGCUGACAGAGGAGCACCGCUCCCUCAGCAAAGACUCCAGGCCUAACCCACACAUGCAGUUCUCCUCCCCCCUCGCACAGCACCAGGGUUACAUGCCCUACAUGCAUGGGUACCCCUAUGGACAGGGCUUUGACCCCAACCACCCCGGGUACAGGGGCAUGCCCUCUGUCAUGAUGCAGAACUACCCAGGUUCGUACCUCCCCGGAGGCUACCCCUUUUCCCCAUACGGGAGUAAAAUAGUUGGUGAGGAGGGCAGUGAGAAGUCUCGUGCCAGUCCCACUGUGACUAAAGCCGCCCCGGACUCCAAAGCGCUGGACAUUCUGCAUCAGCACGCCAGCCAGUACAAGAGCAAGUCCCCCACAGUGGGAGACAAGGCUCCUCAUGAGCGGGACAGAGAAGGGGAGCGAGGAGCGACCGGAGAAAGGGAGCGCGAUGUGGACCGGCCGCGCUCUUCCCCCUCGCAGCGCAUCAUGCCCUCACAUCACCACCUGGGAUACCCUCUGCUCUCAGGGCAGUACGACCUCUCCUACUCCACAGGGAAACCUGACCGUCACACCUCAACCCUGCAGAGAUUCAUGUGACUGGCUCACAUGGCGCAGCCUCCUGGGUGUUACCUUUAGACAUCAGUUGAAUGGUGUAUCUCUGUCUGUUUUUAGCUCUUCUGCCCACGACUCGGCAGAUUCUCUUUUUUUAGUUUUGUUUUUUGUUUUUCCCUCCCUUCCCUUCGUCAAAGCUUGAACUGUUCCAGGACUGCCACAACCAGGUUCUAAGCCAUCUGCCCCCACCUCAGACCCCCAAAAACUCACUUAGUCUCUGCACUGUCGACGAAUACAAUGCAAAAAGACCCUAUUGGAGAACAGCAUUACUUUAGUUGCUUUUUUGUUUUUGUCAAAGAAUCAGCAGUGGGUUUUCAAAGGGAGAGCUGGGUGGAAAUUGCAAAAUGGGGGAAAUGGUAUAGAAGUGAUUUAAAUUCUCACGUAAACAAGAAUAUAUCCAAAACUUGACCCGUUUUGGAAUAGGGGGAAUACACCGAGCGCUGCUUUGUUUGCGGAGGCGUGAGAGCGGACAUUUUAGCCACCGCCAUCUUUGUUUUUCCAGUUCAGGGACGUCAUCUCUCACCAUCGGACCGCGCACACCUCAAUGGAGAAUUGACAUUGUCCAUAUUUUGUCAUGAUCUGUUCCAUAUUGUUUUGUUCAUCUUUAAAUGUUCUGAUUUCAUACGUAUGUUGAAGCCAUAUGAGCAAGUGAGUAGUGUUGUCAUGAUACUAAAAUGUCAAACCCGAUUUCGAUACUCAAUACCGAUUCCGAUACCAGGAUGUAAACACAAAACACUCUUUAAUUAGAGAAUAGAAUGUGAUUUUCAACAUUAAAGAGGGGGUAUUAUGCAAAAUCUCCAAUGUUAUAACAUUCUCUCAUAAAAAAAAACAUGCCUGAAGAGUUUUAAAUGUCAUCCGCGCAUGUUUGAGUAAUCUAGCAAUCUUGAAUUCGAAUUUUGAAUCCUCCUUACAGUUAGAAGUAUGAUUCUGCCCACACUCCCAAAUGACAAUUCUCUAUAAAUAUACAAAAACUGUACACAGCAACGUGACAAACCUGACAUGAUAUGCAGUAGUUUCAUUUUAGAUUGACUGUGUUGUGAUAGCGCUCUGAAGGGGGACUGACUUAGCAUGGGGAGUAAAGGGAGGGGAGACUCGGAGCAAAGCAAGAGCAACUUCUAAAACAUGUUAAUAUGUUGUGUUUGGCGAAUAGAAGUCAAAUACCCCCUCUUUAAACACUAGUACCGUAUUUUUUGGAGUAUAAGUCGCACCAGCCAAAAAAUGUGUAAUGAAGAAGAAAAAAAACAUAUAUAAGUCGCACUUUUUUAAAAGAAAUUUAUCUUACAAAUUCAGAGACCAGGAACCAACAUUUCCUGUUGAAAGUCAAGUUCUAGUAAUAACAAUAGAAGAGAGAACAACAGACUGUUAACGUCACAUAUGAACAGUUCUUCAGAUAAACUAUAACAUAAACAACAGAACAAGUUUACCAAACUCUCCAUCUCACUCCAAAUCACUAAAUCCAUUCAGUUCUUCAUCCUCGGUGUCACUUCUGAACAACUCCGUGACCUCCGGAGGUAAACAGAGCGCCGCCGCUUCCUCUUCUGUGUAGCUGUCUUCAGACUCAGCAUCAGUUCCAGUUAGAAUUAUUCGGGUCUUUCUGAAUCCCGACAGGAUGGUUUCGGUGUCACUGAAGUCCAGGCUUUGUCCAUCCAUCCAGUGACUUCCAGGAAAGUUUCAUGGUGCAUCCUCCCAGUUGCCGUGAAGCUGUGUUCUCCAUCCCCGCUUUCUGCCAGUCCCUCAUACGUUUCUCGCUCACUCCAAACUUUCUUUCUGCUGCUCGAUUACUGUUUUUGGCUGAAUAUUUCACUGUUUGCAGCAGGACAGUUUCUCUCUCACUCUAAACUUUCGGUAACACUUUAUAAUAACUACACCAUAUUUAGCCUUAAUAAAGCAUGAAUAAAGACUUAAUUAAUAAUGAUUCAUGCUUAGUAAAUGUUUAAUAAAGGAUAAUUUGUCUUCACUUUAGAAAAGCUCUCAGAAAGACUUAACUAACUUAUAACAGCUGCCUGAAUUAUCAUUGCAUUAUUAGUAAAUCAUUGUCUCAUAGUUUACUAAUCAUUAAUAAAUGCUCAAAUGGUUAGUUCAUGAGUAAUUAAGUAUGAAAGAAAUAUGAAUAACUAUUUACAGCACAAGCAAAUUAAGUGCAAGUGCUAAUUAAGGUAGUAAUUAAGUAGUUACUAAGCGUGAAUCAUUAUUAAUGAAGUCUGUGUUCAUUAUUAAUUAAGCUUUUGUUCAUGCUUUAUUAAGGCUAAAUAAGGUGUAGUUAAUAUAAAGUGUUACCAAACUUUCUUACUGUUCCUUGAUUACCAGUUUCAGCUGCAGAUUUCACUAAAUCCAGCAGGGCACCGGCUUUUUUCUGCAGUAGGCAUAUGCAGUAGAGUGAAGUGACAGUGGUACAGGAUUAAAGGGAUAGUUCGGGUUUUUUGACAUGAAUCUGUAUGUCAUCCCCGUGAG